AAAUGGGGUGUUGCUGGGGCGAAAAGUGACCAGGCAUUAGCAUACUGGAAGUACAGAGCACGACUGCACAACGACUCGAGAGCCACACCAAUCAACACCGCAACACAACACCACAAACCAAGGCACAAACAUGCAAGCUGUAAAAAGCAAGAUGGCAUCUCUGAAACGGAAGCUUGAGGAGGCCGAGGAACAGGCCAAAAGUGCAGAAGAAGAAAAGCAAGAAACCGAAAAGAAGGCAGACGAGGCAGAGGAAGAGGCUAAGCGCUUAAACAAGCAACUUGAGGAGAUAGAAAACGCCUUGGACGCUGCCGAGUCAAAACAUAUGAGCCCGCUAGAACAGGAGUUAACGUUCGGUAAACUAAGACGAAGGAAUACAGAGAUGGAGUCCGAAUAUGAAAAGGUUCUUCAGGAAAUUGAAAAACUUGAAUCGGAAUUGAAAGAAGAGGAAGAAAAAUGCCAAGCAACCGAGACGCGUGUUAAGGAGUUGGAAAGCGCCAUACGUGAGAAACUCGAGAGUAGAAUCAAAGAGCUACGUGAGCAACUACACGGCAAAUGAAAUGCAGCUAGCUAACAUACAUUGUAAUGUUACACCAGACCACUCCGACACGAUGUCAACAUUAAGUGACUUUUUCUCGGCUGUGUGAAAGAUUAGGACUCGUUGUGCUUUGGCAUGUAAAAUGCAGAAAUGCAAAUCUGCUACUUUGUAACAUUUAAGAAC